AUGGAUAUAAGGAAUGGGAAUCCAACCAUAUCUGCGGGGUGGGAGGGAUCGGUAUUAGAUUCACGAAUACUGGCAGAUGCUCUUAACCAACAAUACAAAUUAAUUGUCCCAGCAGGCAAAUAUUACUUAGUAGAUGCUGGUUUUGCGAAUGUGCCGGGCUUUUUAGCACCAUUCCGUGGCGUUCGGUAUCAUCUAAAAGAAUUUAGGCAAGGUUGUCAACCUAGGACAAAGGAAGAGUUGUUUAAUCUUCGUCAUUCCUUAUUGCGGAAUGCUAUAGAACGUGCUCUUGGAGUAUUGAAGGCACGAUUUUCCAUAUUGAAGAUUGCUUCAGGCUAUCCUUUAAAUACACAAGUCAAUAUAGUCGCUGCAUGUUGUAUCCUACAUAAUCAUAUUAUCAAUGAAAAACGUGAUCAAGAGCUUGAUUUUGAAAAUAACAAUGAUAUCGGUAAUGGUGAAGAUGAAAGUGAGAUGCAUGAAGAUGAAGGUAAUGAGAGUAGUGAAGAUGAGAAUGAAUGCGACUUCUGA